AUGGAAGAAGAAAAUGUACAAAAUCAAGCAAUUUCACAGGCAGCAGAAGUUGAGAAAAAAGUCACCGAGCAGAUAACAAAUAUUGAGAACUCAAAGCUAGCAAGUAAUUUACCUACAGAUGUACAAUCUCUGCAUAUCACAGACAUAAUAAAACUGAUAUUUUUUACGGGAAUUGUAAACUUUUUUCCGUUAUUUUUAAUAUUUGGAACAGAGUUUUCUAGUAAAUUUGAUUUCUUACGAAAGAUAUUGCAUCUUUUUUUUAUUACAUUUUUCGUAGGAUCUAUGUUAGUAACAAUGUGCUGUUUUAUAAGCGGUGCGCAGGAGAUUUAUAAGUUUGUGGUUGUGGUUAUGUUCUGCAAAGAUGUUUUAGGAGCUAUUUUAUUAUUAAUGUUUUCAACAACUAGUCUUACCAAUUUAGUAUUUGCUUUUUUAUAUUUAGCUUACAUUUUAAUUCAAGAUUUAGCUUUAUUAUAUUAUAUGGGUAUUUAUUUAAAACGAUUACAAUCUGAUAAAUAUGAUGAUUAUGGUGUUAAGAUUGUUAGAAAGGAACAAGAAAAAGUUUAA